UGCAGGAAGGCGAAACCUCCAAGGACGCAUCAUUGCUCGAUAUGUAGGAGGUGUGUGUUGAAGAUGGACCACCAUUGCCCAUGGGUUGCUCAGUGCGUUGGUUUCCGCAACUACAGGACUUUCUUUCUGUUCAUGUUCUGGUUGUGGGUU